AUGUCGUUGGUUGCAGUAGGUGCAUGCUAUGUCGACACAAUCUUGACGUUGGUUGGAAACUCGUCCCCGCACCUCUUGUUGGCAAACCAACACCCAGCUUACCAUCAAUGCAGAACUGCUCACUACCCCGGAGAAGAUGAGAAGUUGCGAGCUUCCAGUAUCUCUCGUCGCCGCGGAGGAAACUGUCCGAAUACCUUGGAGGUGCUACAGCAAUUGAUAGCACACAGCAAGUCAACCUCAAAGGUCUCACUGAACCUUAUCGCAGUUCUGCCCGCGAAGGCAUCUGUUGCAUCGCAGCAGAUCCUGGCAGACUUUGAACCCGGAGUUGAACUCAAGCAUUGCAUCUAUCGUGAAGAAUUCAAUGAGCCAGCAUCGAGUUACAUCAUUAAAAGUCAAGCUUCCGGAAGCAGGACGAUUGUCAACUACAAUGAGCUCCCAGAAAUGACUGUCGAGGAAUUUACAGCAAUUGCGGAUAAGAUCGGCUCCAAUGCUACUUGGUUUCAUUUCGAGGUCAGCGACUUUCGUUCUCUGGAGAGCAUUGAGAAUACUCAUGCUCAAUUUAUCAGCGUCGAAGCAGAGAAACCUGGGCGGCCGGGUCUUCAGGAGCUUGCGAAUGAGGCAGACGUGGUUUUCUACUCGAAGAGCUGGGCUCAGGGGCAAGACUACGCGUCGGCCGAGGAAUGCCUUCGAAAGCAGUGGCCCAUGACGCGCAAUGCGUCUUUCCUAUGUUGCACAUGGGGACAAGACGGAGCUGUUGCUCUAGACACUCAAGCUGGUGAACUGUUGCACAGUCCUGCGUACACAGCACCAGACGUUGAGGUCAUUGAUACUAUCGGCGCUGGUGAUACAUUCAUAGCCGGAAUGUUGUAUACUUGGCUCUGCCAGGAGAAUUGGAAUCUCGCGGAGAGAAUACGCCUCGCGAACCGGGUUGCUGGCAUGAAAGUGGGACAGGAAGGCUUUUCGGGUCUGGACAAGGCGCUGGUGUCGUUUUCUUGA